AAUGAAUUUUGAUUCCCCUUUUGCUGAAUUAAAAACUCCUUAAAAACCAUAUUAUGUUAGAUCAAGUCAUAAACAUAACUCAAGUUAACCUAAACUAUCCAAUUAUUUUACAGAUAUUAACGAACAUAAAUAAAAUCUCUCCAAAGUCGGUCAGGAAACGUUAAAAAAAUGGGAUUUCUUUUCUGAUCCAUUUAGUUUACCUGAUAAAUAUGUAAGCAAAUCUCAAUAAAAAAUAAAAACAGAAUCAACAGACUUUGGAUUUGAUAGUAUAGAUUUCAUUUUAGGAAAAUAAACAGAUCGACACAGUCCAACAUCUAUUCAAGUGUUUCAUUAGAAAACUCAAUCAGAGAAAUUGAUAGGCAAAAAAGUAUAAUUUUCAGAAUUGGUACAAGUAAAGAAUGAUGAUGGAAGUGAAUUUGAAGAACCUAUUCAAUUGUUUUCAAGAAAGUAAACAAGAAAAAGCAUGUUCUGA